UGAAAAGACAAAAACAAACAAACAAACAAACAAAAGGAAUAUUGGUCCAUCUCAUCUAAUUUCCAGAUUUAUGCAUGUAUAGUUGCUUGUAUUAAAAUCCCUUAUUCUCCUUUACAUGUCUACAGGGUCAAUAGUAAUAUUCCUUUUUUCAUUCUAAUAUUGGUAAUUUGCGUCUCGCUUAGAGGAUUGUUAAUUUUAUUAUUUCGUCAAAGAGCUACCUUUUUCUGAUUGGGUUUCACUAUUUUUUAUCGUUAUUUUUAAUGUCAUUUCAACAUUAGUAUCUAUUCUUUAUGGUCCCUUCCUUCUGUUUGCUUUGGGUUUAUUUUGUUCUCUUGUUACUUGGCUCCUUAGGUGGAAACCUACAUUAUUGAUUUUAGACCUUUCUUCAUUUCCGUUAUAAGCAUUUAGUGCUAUAAUUUCCUUCUCAGCACAGCUUUACCUGUGCUCCACAAAUUUUGAUGUAUUUUUAUUUUCAUUUAGUUCCAUGUAUUUUUAAAUUUCUCUUGAGACCUCCUCUUUGACUCAUGAAUUAUUAUUUUCUUAAUUGUGCUGCUUAGUUUCCAAGUGUUUGGAGAUUCUCCUAUUGUCCUUCUGUUUUUGUUUUCUAAUUUGAGUCCCUUGUAGUCAGAGAAAACUCCCAUGUAUCACUUCAAUUCUUUUACAUUUUUGCGGAUUGUUUUAUAGUCCAGAAUAUGUGUAUCUUGGUAUGUAUUCCUUGGGUGCUUGUGAAUUUUACUGUUUCUUGGUGGAGUGUUCUAUAAAUGUCAGUUAGAUCCUGUUAGAUGGUGGUGGUGUUGAGUUCCAUAUCUUGCUGAUUUUCUAAUCGUUCCACCAGUCGUUGGGGACGGCAUGUUGAAGUCUCCACUGCAAAUGUAAAUUUUGUUUCUCCUUUCAGUUCUUUUAAUUUUUGCUUCGUAGAUCAUGUAGCUCUGUUGUUUGGUACAUAUACAUUUACGAUUAUUUUGUCUUCUUGGUGAAUUGACCCUUUUACCACGAUGUAAUGUCCCUCUCUGUGCCUGGUAAUUUUCUUUGUUCUGAAGUUACUUUAUAUGAUGUUACUAGAGCCACCCUGCUCCUUUUCUUUCAAAUGAACAUUGCAUGGUUUUCAUCCUUUUACUUCCUCGAUGCCCAUAUCAUUCUAUUUGAGGUGAGCGUCUUGCAGACAGCGUAUUGUUGGGUUAUGUUUUUUUCUGGACGCUGCCAAGUGCUGUCUUUUAAUUGGUUUAUUUAGACUAUUUUCACUUAAUGUACUUACUGGUGUCAGGGCUUAAUUUUGCCAAGUUAUUUUUAACUUGUUUGCUCUCUAUUUUUGUUUCUCUAUUUUCUCUUUCCUGUUUUCCUGUGGGGGACUUGAAUAUUUUUUAGAAUUCCAUUUGAUGAUUCAUGCGUAAUGUUUUUGCAUGUAUCUUUUUGUAUACUAUUUUUCAUGGUUGCUCUAGGUGUUACACCCUAUAUACAUGCCUUCUAAGGGUCUGCUGGUGUCGGCAUUUUACCAGUUCAAGUGAAACCUUACCUCUCUUUCCACCCCAUUACCACCCUCUGGUGUUUGUAAUGUAAUUGUGUUAAAUAUUUCUUCCACCCACAUUUAGAACCACAGCAUGCCAUGCUAUAAUUGGUGCUUCACCAAACAUAACUUAGAAAACUUGAAAGGAAAAGAAAAGUCUACUCUAUUUACCCCUAUUUUUUUUCUCUAUUAUUCUCUCUUCCUUGGUGAUGUCCAGAAUUUCUUCUUUUAUCAUGUCCUUUCUGUUUGAAGACAAGAAGUUCCUGUAGCCGUUCUCCCAGGAGAGGUGUGUUGGUAACAAAUUCUUUUCAUUUUCCCGCACCUGAGAAUGUUUCGAGUCCCUUCGCACACCUGAAGCUUAUUUUUCCGCACCUGCUUGGAUCUUCGGUUUUGGCUGACUCCCUCUGACGAUGCUUUGGCAGGGAGAGGGGGGCACUGUCCCAUUUCUGCCAUGUGGCCGUGGACAUCCAGGUGCCCCACUUAGCCUUCAUUGACCCCAGGGAGGUGCGGGCGUCUCACGACCACUGGGCAGGGGUGCCCUGGCUGGGACGGGAAAAGACUACUGCUCGGUGGGGGUGGAGUCCAGGCCCCCAGGUGGCCUCGGCUGAUGGGACUGGGUGGGACCACCCUUUGUUUUCUGCGGCGUUGAGCUGAAUUCGAGUGGUUCUUAUAGAAGAGGGUUCUGUCUUGGUAGGUUGCCCCUUUCCUGGUCUUUUGACUACGGAGACCGGGCUUUUGCUGGGGCCUUUCUGUCUGUGCUCAUUGGCACUUUGGGCUCCAGGUCUGGGAUCUAUGAGGCGAAAAGAAAAACCCAGGGGCCUCGCCACCGUGUUGUUCCUUCGGCCCCAAGGACCCUAGCCAGUCUGCUUUCUUCUCUCCACCUCUCGGGGUCUUCCUCCGUUUGUUUGCUAUGUAGCGACCCGAGAUUUUCGUUGUACUCCGUGGGAGAAUGGGGAAGGUGCGUCUCCAUUUUGCCAGAGGCCGACAUCUGGACGUUGAAACUUUAGGCCUGGUUCUGCGCGGCCAGGAACAUCUGUGGGAAGGAGAGCUUCCCCCACAUACCAGCGCUCAGCACCGCUCUUAUUCCAUGUCUGCAUCAGCAGAAACAGAGAGGCAUGAAACAAAACCGCAUGAAAACCUCUGCUAGACCUGGGUUCGCACGUGUCUGUGUAUCCGCCGUGCAGGGCAGAAAUUGAGGCAGCCCUGAUCCCGGGCCGCUCGGCCGCUUCCGCGUAAACCAGGGCGCCCUUCUGGCCCCCAUUGCUUCCUGCCCCUGGCUGUCAGCGCCCCCGGCUGGGUGCCGACCUGGGCGGAGGUGGCAGCUGCUCCUUCUGCAGGCCCGGGUAGAAGGCUUCGGGAGAGCCGAAGGGGCUGUGCGCCAUCCCCCGAGCCCAGCGCCCGGGUUUCGCCUUAAGAAAUAAGCGAACCCGUGUCAAAGAACAGAGGGCCUCUCCGCACAUCUCCGGGCCCACCUGCCCCAGGACCCGCUGCCCCCGCCUCUCGGCCCCGCUCUUGUGUGACUCACAUCAGGCUGCUCGGCCAGCCCUCCCUCAGCUCCCCGGUGCACUGCGCUCUGCCCCGUGGGUGGCCAGCGACGGCCAUCUCACCCCCCCCCCAGUGACCCGCAUCCCUGGAGGUGGGAGGGGCUGGGUGAGGGUGGCCGGUGGGGGGGCGGGGGCAGAGGGACAGGACCGGGAAUGUGGCUGACUCCGCCCACACCUGUCCUCACAGUGAGAGUCUGUGAUUCACGGGGUCAAUGGUCUCAUCUUCGUAUCUGAAAGACAGUGUACUUUUUGUCUCCCUAAGCCCUGUGUCUAGGUCGCUUGGGAAGCGCCUUGGAGAGUCAAGAAUAAAAUUGCAGGUCAAACAAUGGAUGACUGGAAAAGUCGGCUUGUAAUCAAGAGCAUGCUUCCCCAUUUCGCCAUGGUGGGAAAUCGUCAGGAGCCCAGAAAGCUCCAGGAAUCGGGAACCAUUAAGAGGAGGCAGGAAGGAGAUAAUUUCCAGCUCUCAGGCAUGGCCGACGGGGGUUACCCGAAUAAAAUCAAGAGACCUUGCCUCGAAGAUGUCACCCUUUCUCUGGGCCCAGGUGCCCACCCCAGCACACCCUGUCCAGAGCUGCAGGUCCCUGCAUUAGCCAUGAACCCGAGCUCUGCAGCUCUGGGAACUGCCAGCCACGCGUUACUCCUCGAAACUAAUCCCAUGAACGGCGGCGUGAUGGGCUCACCCUUUGUGGUGCCACCCACGGCAGAAAUGGGGCUGAAAGGGCCCCCUCUUCCUUACUAUGACAAAAGCAACAGCGUGCCCGCUGUAGACCAGGAGCUUCAGGAUCUGCUGGAGGAGCUGACAAAAAUCCAAGAACCCUCUCCGAGUGAGCUGGAUCUGGAGAAGAUCCUGGGCAGCAAGCCGGAAGAACCGCUGGUCUUAGACCCCGGCCCGGCCGCCCUGGGCGCCACUCCCAAGCCGGCCGUACAGAUGCCGCCCUUGGAGAGCCUGGCUUCCGGCAAAGACUUUGCCUCAAGCUGCAGCCAGGUCACUGGUGUGUCGCUGCCGAUCCCACCCUCUUCUGUGGGGGUCAGCUAUGGGGUUCCCUCCACCAGUAAGCAGAUGGCCUCGCCCAGUUCUUCCACCGCGCAGGCCCAGAGCCAGGUCCCGGCGAUGCUCCCUGCCGCCCUGCCCCCGCUCCCGGUGCCGCAGUGGCACCAUGCCCAUCAGCUGAAGGCGCUGGCGGCCAGCAAGCAGGGGUCCAGCGCCAAGCAGCCGGGCCCCACCACCAGCUGGUCGGGCCUGCCUCCCCCAGGCCUCUCCCCGCCUUACCGCCCGGGGCCGUCGCCGCACCCGCCGCAGCCCUUCAGCCCGCAGGGCCUCAUGGGGUCGUGCAUGUCGUCCAGCAGCCUGCCCGGGAGCACCCUGCACGGCUCCCCCGGCGCCUUGCUCUCCAGCGGGGCGCCCAGCAGCAGCUCUGCCCUCGGACCCGCCCUGCCCUACGCCCCCGAGAAGCUCCCCAGCCCCGCUCUCCACCAGCAGCCCCAGUUCAGCCCGCAGAACUCCAUCCUCGCCCACCUGGUGUCCUCCGGCAUCAAGACCCCGCAGGGGCACCUGAUGUCCGCUCUGCCCACCAGCACCCCGGGGCCUGCCACCCCCUACCGCCCGGAGAAGCUGGCCAGCCCGGGCCUGCCCCAGCAGUCCUUCACGCCGCAGUGCCCCCUCGUCCGCAGCCUCACGCCCACCACGCAUCCGCUCAGCCAGCCGCUGCCGCAGGCCAAGGCCAGCUUCAAGCCCAUGGCCACCACCUCGCCCAAAAGCCUGAGCGUGAUCAUGCAGCAGGGGCUGGCCAGCCCCGGCCCCGGAGCCCCGGAGCCUUUCACUUUCAGCAACACCAAGCCCUUGUCACACUUCGUCUCCGAGCCGGGCCCCCAGAGGCUGCCCUCCGUGCCCGCCCCGUCUCGGCAGCCCGCGCUGCUCCACUACCUGCAGCAGCCGACGCCGACGCAGGCCUCUUCUGCCACGGCCUCCUCCACGGCCACGGCCACCUUGCAGCUGCAGCAGCAGCAGCAGCAGCAGCAGCAGCAGCAGCCUGACCAUUCCUCGUUCCUCCUGCAGCAGGUGAUGCAGCAACCGCAGCGCCUUCAGCGGUCGGUGGCCUCGGACGCCGUGCCUUCUUUGCCCAGACAGGCCUGUUGCCAUCUGUUUUCGUGGACGUCUGCGGCUGGCUCGGGGGAGCGCCAGCACCAGCACUGGAACCCUUACCCUAGCAGGCAAGAGCCUCAGCCUGGAGACGUGUCAGCAUCUAACAUUCAAGAGAAACAGAGAUCAGGUCUUAUGGCAAUGACCCCUGAACAGCGGAGUGCAUAUGUCGCCCAACAGAUGAGUCAAUUUCAAGCCGUCCAAGAUCAAGUCACCUCCAAGUGUAGCCGGACCAAGGCAAGCCCCCCAUCCAGCCAGCUCAUGAUGCCACCCAGAGCUGGGCUCCUUCAGCACAAUCGGAGUCCAGGAACCAUCCCACCCACCAGGCACCAGGGCCGCGAGGGCGUGGGCAUGAUCUCACCAGCUCCUGGCAGGCAGCAAGGGGUUUUCCGCUCUGGCCCCCCGGUUCCCGCACCCUUGCGCUCCAGCCACAACGCCCUGGGCAGCCUCGGCCCUGUCCGUCGCCAUCCGCAGAUUUCCAAGGCUAUCCCCUCAGGAGUGUCCCUGCCCGGGUUCUGCCCCAGCCCCCUGGGCAGCCGCCCCCUGGGUCCCCAUCCGCUCGGACAGCCCUGUGUGCCAAGAACACCCACCGCGUUCGAUAACGCUGCCUGGGUGCCGCCGCCACCGGCCGCGACUACGGCGGUCUCGAGGGAGCCCCCCCCAAGCCCAGCAGCUCAUGGCAUCCAGCAGCAUUUUGAUGGCAACUCCAUCUUCGCCAAGGCCCCCGUGGGACCCCCCCUGGUAGCCCCAGCAUUUCCGUCACAGCAGGCGGUUGUGCCCCCUAAUCAGAUGGCCCCGGGGGGCAGGCCUGGCCAGAAGGUGGAUGCCGCCCCAGCCAACCCCAGCUUCAGCCUGCUGGGCAACCAGAGCCUCAGACAGAGCCCAGUGCGGGGUCCGGUGCCUGUGCUGAACGCCCCCAAGUCCCUCCAGCAAGGCACGACCAGCUUUGGUCCCAUGAGUCCCAUCCAGGGCAUCGAGCCGCCAAGCUAUGUGGCCGCUGCUACUGCCGCCACCGCUGCUGCCUCCACCAUCGCUGCUGCCUCCACCAUCGCUGCCAGCCAGUCCCCUGGUCCCCUCCACAGAAUAGGGAGCCCCCCUGCAUUGCCACCCUACGAUUUUCUGCCCCAGCCCCCACUCAAUGAGCCGAUUCCACCACCCGACUGCAGUGAGGUGGACUUCAUCGAAGCUCUCUUGAAAGGCCCCAGCGUGAGCCCCGAUGAAGACUGGGUGUGCAACCUGAGGCUGAUCGAUGACAUUCUAGAACAGCACGCUGCUGCCCAAAAGGCCGCAGCCCAGAACGCUGGCCACGUCACUCAGCAGCCUGGCCACAUCCCCCAGAAUGCCGGCGAGCUUUAAAUGAAACCCCCAGAAACCCCGACAUUGACGUCCCUCCGGGGAGUGGUGACUCCACAGCCAAGUCCCAGCUGGCCCCAGCCAGUCGCACGGAUCUUUCCUCAUUGCAAUUCGAGGGGCGUCUGCCCGUGUCCAUCCCUCUCUACCUGUGACAAGAUGGAAAAGCUGGUGAUUUUUCAAGCUACCUGUACAUAUCUGAAAAUUUUGUAAAUGGUUUUCCUAAACAUUAAUGACAGAAGUAUUUAUACUUCAUUUUGUGACUUUGUAAAUAAAGCGACGGCUUUUGUUUCCGUA